AAAAAGAUGAAAGGAGAAACCAGGAAGAGGAAUAUUAUGAAUGUACUUGACAACUUCAACCCAACACCUCUUGUAGCCUAAAUGGCUGUACUAUCAGAAGAAUACCUUUUACAUGAGAAACGCAUACUUUGUCGAGUAUCUAAAAGCGACGCGAAAAUAUCGAACGAUAACCCCCCCCCCCAGUUUGAAACGGAAAAGGUUAAAGUUCACAGGAAGCUGGGGGGCUGCCAUUUUUCCCUGCUAACAUUUUAGAUGCUGAACAGAGGGAAGGGUGGUCGUCGUGUUUUUUAUUUAAUUUACCCCGACUAUUGAGCUUUAUACACUAUUUGUUUCGCCACCCCUAGUCGCAAACCUAAAUUGAUGUUGAAUGAAUUCGGCAUGGAGAGAAUAGCGGAGCAGUCGUGGAAUUCUUCAUACACCUAUCAGGUGAGCAAUCAUAGCGCGGAGAUGCUACACAACCUCAACAUUCAGAGGAAAGAUGGAGGCAGGUUUUGCGAUGUGAUCUUGCGCGUUGGCGAAGAGAGCUUCCCUGCCCACAAGGCGGUACUGGCGGCGUGCAGCGAGUACUUCGAGUCCGUUUUUGGUUGUCAAACGGAGGGCGACGGGGAGGCAAAAGAACUCGAGAUGCAUACGAUAAGCCCCAAAGUUUUUAAAGACAUUUUGGACUUUGUCUACACCUCUAGGAUUGUGGUACGAUUGGAAUGUUUCCCCGAGUUGAUGACAGCUGCUAAGUUUCUGUUAAUGCGUUCUGUCAUCGAGAUAUGCCAAGAAGUAAUCAAACAGUCCAAUGUACAAAUCCUUGUACCACCCUCUCGAGGAGGUGACGUCAGUUUGUUCCGUGCCACGGGGGGCUCUGAAUUGGGUUUCAAAUUAGCCGUAGACAUGUCAAAUGGGAAUGGCUUGUUGGAAAAUAGCAACAAUGGGCACACACAUAAUGUGGACGGAAGUCAUGCCAAUGACACUGUCGUGUCGGAUAGCAGCUCCCAGUCCGCUAUUCCAGUCCUGCAGCCCGUGUCUCCAUCAGAGAAGACGGGCAACCCGUUCCAAGAAGAGGGAUCUCCGGGUUCUAAGAGAGGCAGGGGGCGACCAAAGAAAGCGACAGCCAUAGAGCAUAUACAUUAUAACCACAGCACCUCUGACGUUAAAGACAUUGAGCAGCUAUUUCCUUGUGGAAUAUGUGGCAAAGCAUUUACAGAGGCUGUGCGGUUGAGAAAUCACGAAGCGCAGCAUGGAGCGUCCAGCCAUGGCGCGAGUAGCGGAGGCGGCCCUACCUUGAUAACGCACUCUGGUCAGCCCGGUCUGUUGGAGAAUGGCAUGCCCUUGCAUGGAACAGUAGAUAUCAGCCGUAAACGAGAGAGGACGAGACGUCACGUUGGCUGUGACAUUUGUGGAAAGGUGUUCCGGGAUGUCUACCACCUGAACCGACACAAAUUGUCUCAUUCCGGGGAAAAGCCAUAUGCUUGCCAUGUCUGUGGCCUGCGAUUCAAGCGGAAGGAUAGGAUGUCAUACCAUGUGCGGUCACACGAUGGAUCUGUGGGCAAACCUUACGUCUGUCAAAGCUGUGGAAAGGGGUUUUCAAGGCCAGACCAUCUGAAUGGACACAUCAAGCAGGUUCACACAACAGAGAGACCCCAUAAGUGUCAGAUUUGUAAUGCCUCCUUUGCUACGAGAGAUCGUCUGCGGUCCCACCUGGCUUGCCACGAGGACAAGAUCCCGUGCCAGGUAUGUGGGAAGUACCUCCGGGCAGCGUACAUGACCGACCACCUCAAGAAACACAGUGAAGGACCUCACAACUACUGUAGCAUAUGCAACAAAGACGGGCAAGAGAAUGCUGGGAAAUGCCCCCAUCAGGCAGAAUCUGAGGGAGACGAGCCGUCUUUCAGGGAGCUGUCCAAUGGCGACGAGAUGAAAUCUCCGCAUAAGUCCGAGGGGGAGGAGCUUGGGUCUCCGACACCAUUCGCCUGCAACGGAGCCUCUGCUGGUACUGGGGCUGUGCAGGGGUCGCCACCAGGUGGCGCUAAAGCCAAGACCAGCCAGGACUCUCCAGAGAAAAAGUUCCCCUGCAGCGAGUGCACCCAGACCUUCCGAACAAAAUCCUACCUCAACAAGCACGUGAACAGAGUGCAUCAUCAUGGGGUCCAGAAGAGUGCAGGGUCGGGGUCAGGUCUGGGGGAGCUGGGUCCUUCGCUGGGCUCGCCCUUCUCUCCACAACAGAACAUGUCUCUGCUGGAGUCGUUUGGCUUCCAGAUUGUCCAGUCUGCCUUUGCCUCAUCGCUGGUGGACUCUGAGGCAGGGCAUAGUGGGAUGGAGCCAGGGGGGAAGUGACCCGUAGGUCUGAGGGAAGGUGGGGGGGAAAGUGAACCUAGAUUUGUGGGGGAAAUGAGGGAACGUUGCCCCUAGGUCUGUUCAGCCUAUCAGAUGGAAGGGAAUGACGUUGUCUUUAGACUACUUUGCUGUUCAUGGCAUCAUCUCUCACUGUUGUUUAUCACCUUCUGUUACCUUUCUGUGUCAUGGACCUCGCUAUUACUAUCAAUAUAAAUGUUUUCUUCCAUUUCAUAGCAAUAUAUAAAAUGUAUAUAAACAUUAAGCAACUUCAAAAGCUUUUUUGAAUCUGCUGUCUGUCUUUGAAGUCUACGUCUAUCAUGUUUUUGUUUUUAUUGUAUUUGUAUUGUUUAUGACAUAACCAUCCGCUUAUGAUCCAUUACCAAACACACGCACAUAUAAGAAACAUAUAUUUGUCAAUGCUGUUAUUGUUGUUAUUGUGUCUGGUCCAGAGUUUUUUCUCAAUCAAAAUGGGGCUUAGGUGGUGGAUGUGGCAGUGGGCGUGGCCAUGGCACAGUCGCCGACCAAACAUUUUAGAGGCCCGAUUGGGCACCGAGGAGACAGUUUCCUGCAGUUUCACCAAGCUAGUUUCUUGCAGUUCCACACAUUUUAUCAUGGGGCUGGGGGGGGGGAAUUUCCUGCGUUUGUACACACUUUACCAUGGCUUAUGCGCGUUAUUAUGCUAGCUGAGUGACUCAAACAUUAAAACAAAAUCAAUGUGGGGCCCCAUGCCAUGACAAUUUUUUACAAAUAUUUUAUAUUCUCCCUGACUGUCUAGUUUUGUUUCAUUUAGAUCCAAAGAGGAUCUGUUUGAAAAAUAAAUAUGCCUAGGUCCAUUAUCUUUUCAACAUACGUUAUAUCUGGUUUUAGCCGUUUACACUGAAAACGUUUUCACUGUUUGGACUUAGGCGGCCCGGCCAAGACUUUUCUAUGCAGAAAAAACCCUGAGGUCCUAGUCAUAUUGGUAAUCUAUGGGUUAGUACAUAUGUUGACUGGGUCAUUUUGAAAUGCUUUGUUAUCUACAUGGUUUUUACAGCUGCAAUGACACCUAACCCAAGGUUCCCCCUUACUUCAGACAGAGCCUCUGAUGGGAAGAGGCUGCAGAUGGACAUCUAGUCCAACUCUGAAUAUAAAGGAAAGGGGGAUACCUCGUCAGUUGUACGACUGAAUGCAUUCAACUGAAUAUAAUCAGUCAAAUCUACCAGUUUCUGCAGGGCAAGAAUAUAACCUUAUGCCUCAGUAUGGCUGUUACGUUUGAGAAGGUUGUAUUCUCUUAUUAUGACAUUUUAAGGAACCGAUGUAUUUGUUAGUCACAUACUUGUGAAAUCAGUUCUGGAUAUUCAACAGGGACCAAGUUCAGGUUUGACUAUUAGAAAUCGUGAGAAAUGUAGAAUAUAUAUUUUAUUAACUUAUUGAUUGCCCUGACCGCGUUGUGCACAUUUUUUUUUAAAAAUAAAUCAACGUUUGAGGUGUCAAUGUGCUGUGCUGAUUUUACUCUUAAGUUAUGCUAGAUACGGGAGGCCUACUAGGGAGCGACAAAAAGAGUAUGUAUGCUGAAAUGUGUGCGUGCCUGCCUGCGUGCGUGUGUGUGUUUGGUGCUCUGUUAUGUGUGCUUUUGUCCUCAGAAUGUAAUCAACUAGAAGGCUUUUGGUCUAUAAUUUGUUUCAGAUAAUUUUGCUCUAUUACUUUCAGUACAUUCCUGCGUUUAUUUAUAGUUAUAUUGUGAUUGUAAUGAGUGUAUAUAACUUUCAUAUAUAUAUAUAUAUAUGAAAUGCGUAUAUAUAUAUGUGAUCAAACCUAAUGAUUGAUUUUAAUAGUUUGUCAAUUAAUGGGGAUCCUGCGUGUGUGUGUGUGUGUAUAUAUAUAUAUAUAUAUAUAUAAAUGUUUUUUUCCUUCCUUGCCAAUGAUGGAAAGAGGUGUGUAGGUUUUGGUGGUGGUUGUUUGAUUUGAAAGGUUUUCCUCACAGUGCACGCCCAUGAUCUGCUGUGUACUGUUCUGGAUAUAAAUGUUUUUUGAGGGUGUGGAUGGUGACGGAGGUUACGCUGUUCACUGUAGACCUGGGUUCAAAAAGUACUCGAAAAGCAUUCGCUUGAGUCUGGCUCGAGUGACUGAUGUUUUGGUUUGCACUUUUGGGACUCUUCUAUUGUGCCAGGCAAGCUAAAUCGAAUACUAUUUGAACCCAGGUCUAGUUCACGGUGCUGUUACCUGGCUCUGGUAGUGUACACACUGCCAGUUUAGUGAUACGACCCAUGGCUUUGAUCAAUCAGUCUGUUUAGGUCAUAUUAAGCUCUUUUUAUAUCCCCACUGAAUAGUGAUGCUUUUCACACAGCGAAUGGAGUAAAAACUGUUUAUAAAGGCCUGUUUUGUGUUAUUUAUUGGACAAGUGAGAGACGAUGCUGUUUAGAAAUAUGCUCUUAUAUAAUUGGUGGUUGUGGCAACACUUGGGAUCGCCCGUACAUGCUAAUCAAAUCAUCUGGUGGUAUUGUUUUAUUUAUCUCACCUGUUUUGGUACUUCAAUUUAUAGAUGUUUUUAUUGAUUGAUUGCUUGGAUACUUACCUUUGCUGUUUUCUUGUCUUAUUCUGUUGGUCUGUUGCAAAGUGCCUUCCCAAUACUGAUUGUGCACGGCAGUGGAUUUGAAACACGAGAUAAAAAAAAGGACCUUUCUCUCUAAAUGGUAAAUCAUGCGCAGAUUGACUUGCAAUGACACUUUUGUACGCAUAAAAACAUGCACACACAGAAGAUGUACAUUUGUAUAUGUAUGUUACCUUGGUAUUUUAUCUCUGUACUCUGCAAGAUCGUUGAACUUUAAAAAACAUUUGAGUUACAUGUUUUGUUAUAAAACCUUUGGACAUAUUUCAAUAUAAGCAUACUUUUCUAUAGAUGUCUUGUUUUUGUACACUGUUUUUGAGUCUGUCAUCUCUGUCUAAUUGAUACAGAGAUGGGGAUUCAAUAAAGAUGUAUCUGAAACUGUU